AUGUCUGAUUAUUCUUUCAUUUAUGAUGUUUUUUUCAUUUCUGAAGAAUUAUUACUACCAUUAACGAAUGAAGCUGCGGUUGAAUUGUUGAAAAAUAUUGAUGAAGGGAAUCAAAAUGUCAAUUUAUUUUAUUAUGUUCAACCAUUUACCCCGAAAAUUUGUAAUGUCACGUUUGCGUUCCAGUGUGUACAAAAACUGCGUGAAUUUCAUAAGAUAGAAUCACAAUUCCUUUCUUUUAAUCAAACUUUUACCUUUAAAAAUGAUCAAGCAUUUGACUCUCGAAAUG